UGCCCCUCGCAGCACAUGACCCGCCAUGGAGGGGCGCUGGCGCUGCCCAGAGGUUUGGAGCCGGGGGAGCGAGCGGAGGCUGCCGCCGAGGGGGCGGCACAGGCGGGCGGCGGACAGCGGCUGGAGAUGAGCGCUGAAGCGGAGGGGCCGUCGCGGGCGGAUGGUGCCGGCGCGGACAGCACGAGGUGACGCCGCCUCAGGAGAGUGUGAGCUGCUGCUGGCAGCUACAGGAUGAAGUCGCCUCCCUGCUGCAUGUCUCUUUCUUCCCAAGCAUCCCUGGACGAACCAGGGAGUAGCAUGUCCCUGGGUUCGCUGAACUCCAGUGUUUUCUCCAGUGAGGAAGAGCAGGGGCCUCUGCUCCAGAAGGUCAUUCCCCCCUUGGACUGCUUUACUAUCAAUGUAGGAGGCAGCCGCUUUGUGAUGUCCCAGCAAACUUUGUCUUGCUACCCUGACACCCGCCUUGGCAAACUGGCUGUAGUGGUCUCUGCUGCCCGGGAUGUGGCCUCUGGCCUCCUUGAGCUUUGCGAUGAUGCCAACCUUGUGGAGAAUGAAUAUUUCUUUGAUCGGAGCUCACAGGCAUUUCACUACAUCCUGAAUUACUACCAGACAGGGAGGCUGCAUGUCAUGGAGCAGCUUUGUGCACUCUCCUUCCUGCAAGAGAUCCAGUACUGGGGUUUGGAUGAGCUCAGCAUUGAUUCCUGCUGCAGAGAUCGGUACUUCAGGAGAAAGGAGCUGAGUGAAGCCUUAGACAUCAAGAAAGAUGCAGAAGAACUGGAUGCCCAAGAUGAAGAAGAGGACUUUUCUGGUACUCUCUGUCCCAAUGUCAGACAGAAGCUUUGGGAAGUUUUGGAAAAGCCUGGCUCCUCUGCAGCAGCCAGGACUUUUGGCACUUUGUCCAUGGUUUUUGUUGUUGUGUCCAUUGCCAACAUGGCUUUGAUUUCGGUAGAGCUAAGCUGGCUGGCACCACCACUACUGGAUGCCCUCGAGUACCUGUGCAUUGCAUGGUUCACAGUGGAGUUUGUUCUGAGGUUCCUGUGUGCGCGAGAUCGGUGUCGCUUCCUGAGGAGUGUGGCAAACAUUAUAGACCUCCUUGCUAUUUUGCCAUUCUACAUCACCCUGCUGGUGGAGAGCCUGUGUGGUGGUGAGAGCUCCCAAGAACUGGAGAAUGUGGGACGUAUUGUCCAAGUGCUGAGACUGCUCAGAGCCCUGCGGAUGUUGAAGCUGGGAAGGCAUUCAACAGGCUUACGCUCUCUUGGGAUGACUAUCGCUCAGUGCUAUGAGGAGGUUGGCCUUCUGCUGCUUUUCCUCUCUGUAGGAAUCUCUAUAUUUUCCACUGUGGAGUACUUUGUUGAGCAAGGUGUGCCGGGCACCACUUUCACAAGCGUACCUGGUGCUUGGUGGUGGGCAACAACUUCCAUGACAACAGUUGGUUAUGGUGACAUUAGACCAGACACUACCAUUGAUAAAAGAAGCUGCUCUUCGGCAGCGCGAGGCUUUAAAGAAACUCAUGAAGAACUCAUCCAGCGAUUCAAAUAUCAAUGUCAAUUUGCGAGACAUAUAUGCACGCAGUGUCAUGGACAUGUUGCGAUUAAAAAGCAGAGAGAGAGCAAGUACAAGGAGCAGUGGUGCAGAUGAUUUUUGGUUUUGAAGUCAUUUAACCUUGUAUAGCACAUAGACCAAUUCAAAAAUGUAGUAUUAAGUGUCUCCUUUUUUAUUGUUUGCCACAUAGUGUAUUUGCUUUUCCAGGUAGAGUUUUACUUACUUGGAUGUACUGAAAUAACAAUUAUAUACAAAAGGUAGAAUUCAUAACAUGAAAUCUCUCAAUGAGCUCUAAAACCUGCUUUCAGAACUGGAUUGUGGUGGGUGAAUUGGGAAAUAAUAGAUCCAUGAAAGUAAAACAAUGAUGCAAUGAUUUGUCCAUUCUUAUAUCCCUGCUAAUGUAUAGUAAUAAAGUCUUGGUGAAAAUUGCCACAGUGUUUUGAAUUUUAAACAUCUAGGUUUUGUAAUUGCACUGGGAGAACAAAAGUCAAAGUCAUUCAGGAAGACUGAAAGGGUAAGUCCAAGAAAGUGAAAUGUUAAAUAAAUUUAGGAUGACAUUCCUAUAAGAAGCUUAAUCUUGAUCCCUUUUCUUACACUGAUCGUCUACUCCAUUUGCAUGAAAAAAAAGGUUAUUAGACCAGAGCAAUGUGGCAGGGAGUUAGGGGAUUGGAGUGCAUGGGUUUGAAAUUUUCUCAUUUGAAGAGAAGCAAGUGGCUACCAGAUACAUAAGGGGUAUCAGGAGACGUGAAAAUAUUAAGCAGAUGCAAGAUCUGUAGCAAAGUAUAAAAUAGUCAUGAAAUAAGUGCCAUACUAUAGAGCAUCAUCUGUAUUUGCUUCAGAAGUUGCAGGAGCUAAUACAGCCUUUGCAAUAUACAAGUAAUUUACAAACUUAACUUGAACUAUACCUUCUUUAUGUGUUUUGAUUUCCAUGACUUAUUUGUGUAGCUAAACAGUUUUUGUGCUCAAGUAAAGUUACCAUUGGAUAGCAGAAGAAACAGAAAUUGUAAAAGAUAAAAAGCUACUCAUUUCUCUGUUUCCCAUUAAAAUCAGUAGGUAUUCCAAGUGGGUCCGAUUUUUUAAAAGUUAAUUAUCUUCACCGACCCGUUAUUAGAAAAAUGCUUCAAUAAAAUCUUUUGUUCCAAAGGAAAAAUGAGUACUUGUUGGACUGAAUGCUUACUCUAAUGCAGUACGCAAAGUAAAAAGGUUAUACAACCAAAGGUAUUUUCAGUCCAGUUUCCCACCAUUUACCUCUACAGUGGCCCAAGACCAUUCUUAGCAAACAAAGCUUUUCUUUAAUAUAAUUUCACUGUCCUAGACUAUGACAUUGCCAUAGAAUGCAUAUAACUCAAUUAGUAGGUUAAAUAAAUAAAGUCACAGACCUCUCCCAUGUCCCAUUUCUUUGGGCAAUAUAAAUAAUAAAAACAUAUCUAUUAACUGUGUGUUAUUUAACUUUAUGUAUUUAUGUACAUAGAAGGCUUAAACUGCCUUCAAGAAUGUAUGAAUGGGUGAAAUAGCCUGCUUUUAAUAAACAUUGAAUAAUACUUGUUUUGAAACAAGUGUGUUUUUCUGUCAUUCCUUAUAAAUUGUGG